AUGUCUACCAUGACGACGCAGGCGUUCAGCCUCAAGACGCGCCAGGCCGUUGAUGAGGACGCGCUGCUCACCGAAGAGGACCGUGCCCCCAAGGAGGCUACGAAAGGAGAGGACUGCACGACACGACGACGCGCCUGCAAGAACUGCACCUGCGGGCGGGCUGAGUUGGAGAGGGAAAUGCUGGCGAAGGGAGAAACACUGGAGAUGCCGGAGAUGCCAGCCGGUGGUUGCGGCAACUGCGCGAAGGGAGAUGCAUUCCGCUGCGCCACGUGCCCGUUUCUUGGCCAGCCGGCGUUUGACAACACGAGCGACGGUAAAGUUAAGCUAAACCUGACAGACGACAUCUGA